GUGUGGCACUGGGGGUCAUGGGUCUGGGGUCUGGGUAUCAGGAAGCACAUGAUGGAGCUGGACCUUUUCAUCUCAAUAUUUUUACCUGUUCCUGUCCAAUGUGAGUUCUUGGUUAAGCAGAGCAUCCCUAGCUCAUGUCCACAGAGGAAGUGGGAGACUGCUGCUUUCUCCUUGCACAAUGUGAAAGCAUUGCUCCAUUAGCAAGGGAGUGAAAAAGCCUCUAGAGAAACUAGAAGGAAAUGGCUUUUUUUUUCCCUCAAAACAGGGCAUUCUGGACUUCUCGGUCACCUGGGGCUCAGGAGAGGGCUUUUUCUGGGGUUGGACAUGGCUGCGCAUCCCUUCCUCUCCCAUCAGCUGGUGCAUGCAGCCUCGGCGGGUGCAGGAGAUGUGUGAGUGAGUGUGUGGCAGACACACAGCGGAGAAGGGGGACCCUAGGUGGGCAGGCAGCUAGGAGAGCAGUGAGGAGCCCUUGGUGCCUGGGAUGCCACUCUCCCCCAGGGCCAGACCUCCCCUGCUCCCAGACCCCUGGACCUUUGGCAGCAGCCAAGGCUCCUAUAGCCCCUGCCCUGGUUCCCCAGCGGCUGGCUGGCGCAGCCGGCAGCAGAGGCAGGUAAUUUUCGUGUUGUGCCUGGAGCAGUUGGGAAACAGGCAGCGGUGGAGCUGGGCAGCAGGUCGGACUGGUUUUCCUCCAACACCUGGUGCUGGCGCUGGCACUGACGUACAAGCCUGCUCGGCAAACAGAUUCUGCCCUGUCCCCGAGGACCUGACUUCGCUCUGCACUUCGCUGCGCAGCGAAGGAUGGCUGUGCUGGAGCUGUGACCCCAGCCCAGCCCUGCAGCGGCCGAUGGACGGGAAAACCUCUCCGACCGCUGCAACACCCAGCAGUGUCCCUUCCAGCCUCCAUGCCUCCACAGGCAGCAACAUCUUCGGUGCCCGACCUCCGCAGCCUCGAGAAAGUGUCCUCGGCAUUAGUUUCAAGCCCUACAGCCCAGAGUGCAGCCCAGCCCCGGCCCCCUGCACGACCUGUGAGAGCACACGAUCCUCCAUGUUCAGAGCUCCCUGCAUGAGCCAGCGACGGCUCGCGCUCAUCUUCUGCAUCUCCGUCCUCAUCGCGCUGCUCAUCGCCCUUAUCCUGCUGUUUAUGUUCUGGAGGUCGCAGACUGGCAUCGUGUACAAGGAGCCAGCCGAGACCUGCAAGGACAACCCCGUGCGCUGUGACGGCAUCGUCGACUGCUCCCAGAGGAGCGAUGAGCUGGGCUGUGUGCGCUUUGCAUCCGACGAGUCCUUGCUCCACGUCUACUCCAGCACUGAAAGCCAGUGGCUGCCAGUGUGCAGCAGUGCCUGGGAUGACUCCUUCUCCAGAAAGACCUGCCGGCAGCUGGGAUUUCAGAAUGCAUCACAGACUGAAUACAUCCCCCUGCACAUCUCCGGCAAGAGCCUCACUGUGACCGAGGAGCGAGACACCAUCCAGCAGAGCCUCAACAGCUCACAGUGUCUCACGGGAAAGUAUGUCUCCCUCCGAUGCACAACCUGUGGGCAGAGGAUUUCUGGCCGGAUCAUCGGAGGAAAGGAAACCUCCGUGAGCAAAUGGCCCUGGCAAGUCAGUGUGCAGUACGGGCCGAUCCACAUCUGCGGCGGCACCAUCAUCGAUGCGCAGUGGGUCCUCACCGCAGCCCACUGCUUCUUCAUGAACAACAUGAAGAUCCUCGAUGACUGGAAGGUGUAUGGCGGCGUCUCGGACCUGAAGCAGCACACAGAUGGCAUCUCCGUCUCCCAGGUCAUCAUCAACUCCAACUACAGCGACGAUCACGAUGACUACGACAUUGCUCUCAUGAAGCUCUCCAGGCCGCUGACGCUCUCAGCUCAGGUUCGCCCAGCCUGCCUUCCCAUGUACGGCCAGCGAUUCCAGACCGGCAGGUCCUGCUUCAUCACCGGCUUUGGGAAGACCAGGGAGAAUGAAGAUAACACAUCCCCCAAGCUGCGGGAGGCAGAGGUGAAGCUGAUUGACUACAAGAUCUGCAACAGUGACAAGGUGUAUGAGGGCUACCUGACCCCACGGAUGAUGUGCGCUGGGUACCUGCAGGGAGGGAAAGAUGCGUGCCAGGGUGACAGUGGAGGGCCCCUGGUCUGUGAGGACCAUGGCCGCUGGUAUGUGGCCGGGGUGACAAGCUGGGGGACAGGAUGUGGCCAGAAGAACAAGCCCGGUGUUUACACACGUGUGACAAAGCUCCUCAGCUGGAUAUACAGCAAAAUGGAGAGUGAGAAUGACUAAAACCCGGACGGACACUUGCCUGGGCUGUGCCUCUCCAGCCAGCGCGGGCCCCUGCCCUUCAUUGCUGCCAGGGCAUGAUGCUACCAGCAGAUCCCCCCUGCCUAUCUCUGGACUGUCUGUGCAGCCAGGGACCCAUCGCUGCCCCCAACCUCUGAAAAUACGGCGCCUACAAAGCGACUCUGCUGCCCUGGCCCAGUGCAAGGGAGAGGUGGCUUGGUGGCGGCUGGGCAAAGCACCCAGCCCGGUGGCACGCAGGGGGCAGCAGCCCGUGCCGGCAGCUGGCCGUGCCGGCUGGGAAGUGCCUCCUUGCCCUGUGUCUGUGGUUCUCCUUGUGUAAAUAGACAUGUCCGGACCAGGAUGUCGCGAGUGCUUCCUGGCAGGACUUGCGGCAUGCUCAAGCCGGUGGAGGUCGAGGAUGGAAGCAAGGGGCAGGAGAGCCAUGGGGUGCCCGUGGUGAGGGAGUGCUCUCCUUUGCAUGCUGCUGCCAGGUGGCAGCUGUGCUGCCUUGGGGUGCAGGAUGGGGCUGGGCCCCGUGCAGCUGUGCGCCGCACUGCCCACACCCGCAGGGCCACGUUCCCUAUUUUUUCCCUGAAGGGUUGAGUGAAGGGGAGCCCCAAGGUGGAGUUACGCUACCGUCUGGGAGGAGCAGUGGUUACUCUCAUGUUUGCAGACAGGUUUAGGGCGCCUUGUAAGUGGUGUUCCUCCCCAUGAGAGAAAUACCUGUUUGUUUAUUUUUCCAUGCUGUGGAUAUGGUCCGAGCAAGCCCUCGCUCCCAGGACUGCACGCAGCCGGUCUCUGCCCCCCUGUCUGCUCUGAUGAGGCUUUCUGCAGCAGCGUGGGGCAGAUCUGCUCUCUGGGGAGGCUGCAGGAGGUGUGACAGAAGUCAGCAGCAGCCAAAGGCCAAAGUGGAGCGUGAUGCAGAGCAGCCACUCUUCCCAGGCAGCUCCCAGCCCCUCUCCAGUGUGAGCCAGCCCCCGGAUCUCACAGCUGCUUGUUCAGUGACCGUGUUGGAUUGCUUCCUCCUCCCUCUGGCUGCUGAACACGCAGGGAUCACGUAGCCAGCCUUACCUCCCUGGCCACGCCACGGCAGGGAUGCAUUUCCCCCAAGGAAACAAGUGCCCACAUCUCCCCACGGGUGCUUUGAGGCACACAAGGUGCUACAGGAGAUCCCCAGGUUGGCAGGGUGAGCACCCGUCGGGUGAGCCGAGGCUGGCUGCCCAUGGCCAAGGCUGUGCUUGUCUCCCCAGAUGUGCGGUCAGCUGCAGAGUGGUCCUGGGGAGCCUGGCCACCCUGCACUUUUCUCAAUAAAU